AAAAAAAUAGAAUUUUAAUUUUGUUUUCCACCCCUAUAUGGAACUGUGACUGAAAUUGAGUUUGGGAUUCUGGGGAAAGUAGUUCCAACUCAACUCAACUCCACUCCACUCCACUCCACUCCACUACUCAAGUUUGUUUCUCACUCUCACUUUCAAACUCCAGUUGGAACCAAAAUUGCUUGUUUUUGAUGCAUUUCAAGGCUUAAAACAUGUCAGUUGAUCCCAGUGGACAAUUGAAUUAUGUCGACGAUGAAGCUUCUACGGGCUCCGGUGAUGAUGUUAACAUGCUAGAAGGACGCAACAAGCGUCAAUCCGUGACACCAUCAAGUUCUGGUCGGCGGAAGAGAAGUCGUAAAGCUACCGGGGAUGCGAUAGUGGAUGCUAUGCUAGAAAUCGCAGCCGCUUCAAAAUUGAGGGCGUCGGCAAUUAUGAAGAACGAGGACCGGUUUUCUAUAAGCAAAUGCAUAAAGGUGUUAGAUGAGAUGCAAGAUAUGUCAACUUGCAUGGAUGACCUCGAUAUAGAAUUGGACGAGAUGGAACUAGUUGCAGCAGCUGCUGGUUACUAUUACUAUAAUAGCAUAACUAGGCAAACCCGUUAUGCUUCAUUACCUAGUGGAAGUGGUUUUAUGAAUGAGGUGCUAGAAGGACCUGAUGAUCUUUGUCGAGAGAUGCUCCGGAUGGAUAAACAUGUUUUUCACAAGCUAUGUUACACUCUUCGACAUAGAGGUAUGUUACGUGAUACAGCUGGUGUUAUGAUUGAGGAGCAGCUGGCGAUUUUCUUAAAUAUUGUGGGUCAUAAUGAACGUAACAGAGUAAUCCAAGAGAGGUUUCAGCAUUCGGGUGAAACCAUAAGUCGUCAUUUUAAUAAUGUUUUGAAGGCAAUCAAGUCGCUUUCGCGGGAAUUCUUACAGCCCCCGGAUUUCAGUACUCCUCUGAAAAUUCUUAAUAAUAAUCGAUUCUCCCCAUAUUUCAAGGAUUGUGUUGGUGUCAUAGAUGGAAUGCACAUCCCUGCACAUGUCCCAGCAAAAGAUCAGUCUCGUUUUCGAAAUAGGAAAGGUGUUCUAUCACAAAAUGUUUUGGCAGCCUGCACAUUUGAUCUACAGUUUAUAUUUGUUUAUCCAGGUUGGGAAGGGUCUGUCGCCGAUUCACGAGUUUUAAGAGCAGUCUUAGAUGACCCUGAUCAGAAUUUUCCUCCGAUUUCUCAAGGAAAAUAUUAUCUGGUUGAUACUGGUUACUCCAACAUGGAAGGAUUUCUUGCACCAUAUUUGGGAGUUCGGUAUCACCUACAUGAAUAUAGAGGUGCCAAUCAAUUACCCAGAAAUGCAAAGGAGCUCUUUAAUCAUCGGCAUUCUUCUCUUAGAAAUGUCAUACAGAGGGCUUUUGAUGUGCUGAAAACUCGAUUUCCUAUUCUCAAACUAGCCCCACAAUAUGCCUUCCAUAUCCAAAGGGACAUAGUUAUAGCCGCAUGUGUUCUACAUAAUUACAUCCGACGUGAGGAAAGACUCGAUUGGUUGUUUUCUAGCAUUGAGGGGGCGACAGUGGAUGAAUUGCCUGAUUUCGAUGAGCAACCUGAGCUGCAGUUUGCUUCCUCGUAUCAGGAACAAAUUGCUUCAUCUUUACGAGAAUCAAUAGCAACAGAAAUGUGGAAUGAUUUCUUAAAUAAAUGGGAUCAGUGGUGAUCAUUAGCUAGCAAAAUUUAGAAAGAUUAUAAUAGUCGUAUGCAUUUUCAUCCGUUUUGCUUCCCUUCCGUUAGUUGUGUGCAUUAUUGAAUUACCUUAUUAGUUGCUGAUCCCAUGCAGUGCUGAAAUUGGUAGUAGUUUUCUUCAAAGGUUAACAGCAGUGGAACGAUCGAGGCAUUAACUGGCUUCUGCCUGCAAAUUUCAGUAAGCUUUCAUGCACUAUGUGGAUGGAAUCUAGUAGUGGUGGAUUGUGGACUUAGCUGCUUCUUUAUUCUUCUUUAGUAGUGAUGGAUCUAGCUAAAGAA